AUGGGUAUUAAAGUUAUUGGAUUCGCUAUCUCCACCGCUACUCUCAGAGUAACUCUUACUCUUGAAGAAUUAGGUCUAGAAUAUGAAUUCGAACCAGUUACCAGCAUAACUGAAAUUAAAACACCUGAAUAUCUUACCACAAAAAAUCCAUUCGGGAAAGUCCCAGUAAUGAUUGAUGACGGUUUUACACUUUACGAAUCGCGCGCAAUCUGUCGUUAUCUCGUAAACAAAUACCAAGGAACCAAGAAUUCUAAAAUUUUGGUUCCAAAGGAUAUACAAAAGGCCGCUUUGGUUGAACAAUACUUAUCGGUUGAAAGUUUAUAUUUUGAUAUACCAACAUCAACUAUUAAUUUUGAAGAGGUUGUUAGCAAGUAUCAUGGUAGAGAAGCCAAUGCUGAAAAGGUCAAAGAUGCAAAAGAAAAACUUGAAAAAACAUUGGAUAUCUAUGAAAAAUUUCUCGGAGGAAAAGAUUAUUUGAUUGGUGAAUAUUCUUUGGCAGAUGUUUGCCAUGUGCCUAAUCUCUCUGCUAAUAUUCAUAAAACUAGCGCUAAAGAUAUAUAUUAUGAUGCUAAAAGACCCAAUGUUGUUAAAUGGGUGAAAAAUAUUUGCGAAAGACCUUCUUGGAAACAAAUGGUAGCAAAAAAUGAUAAACUUGAAUAA